AUAAAUACACAAUCUCGAUCUGGAGGUUGGGAUUUUACUCGUCUUUUUCAAAAAAAUCCCUGUUACUUUUAAUCCAUCGGUAGCUUCAACGGACGAAAUCACGACUAUUUUGCUGUACACGCAGCAUACUCCUAAAGAUGAAGAUUCACUGGGGACCUUGCCUGAUAUUUUUGUUAGGCGCGACGGAGGCUGUGGGAGCAAGCAACUGGUUUAGCAAAUCAGUGUACAACAGAUGGCAUGAGACAGAACUCGAAAGGUGGCUUUCUGACCAUGACAUCCCGUAUCCCACUCCUGCCGAUCGCAAGGAACUUGAAAAUCUGGUGAAAUCAAAUUGGAAUCAAAGAGUGCAGAAACCAUUGGGGUAUGCGGCGGAUCAGACGACCGACCAGAUACAUCACGCAAAGGAAUGGAUCUUCGAUACCUGGUCAGAGUCUCACUUGAAGGCCUUUUUGGAUCGCCAUGGGAUUCCCGCUCCUCAGCCACGCAAGCGCGACGUCCUUCUGCAGACCGCUCGUGAGAACUACGAAAUUAUCGCGAAGAAAGUUGGCGAAACGGCUUCUUACCCCGGCAACUGGCUCUACGAACAAUGGUCUGAAUCAGAUCUCAAGGAAUGGCUUGAUGAGCGUGGAUGGCCCGUUCCGCAGCCUUCUUCUCGAGAUAAGUUGAUCGCGUUGGUGCGCCGCAACGCACGCCUGGCUAGCCUCCAAGCACGAAGCAUUGCCGCCUCUGCCUCCUCUUCGGCCGAAGCCGCCCAGAAGACCCUAAGUGAAGCGCUCUUCACCGCAUGGUCUGACUCGGAUUUGAAAAAAUUUCUCGACGAACACGAUGUCAAGGUCCCCCAAGGCUCCAAACGGAACGAACUCGUAGCCCUGGCUAGGAAGCACCGCGCCUCUCUGGUUAGCCAGGCGUCAGCUGCGUCGGCUACUGCAUCUGCUUCAGCUAGUAGCAUCAUCGGUGCUGCAACCACCAAAGCUGGUAAUGAAUAUGCUCGCGCUUCUGAAGACGCCAAAUUGAAGGCCGAUGACGCCUUCGACACCGCCGUUGCAACAUGGUCUGAUUCGCGCCUCAAGGCAUAUCUUGAUGCCCGUGGGGUUCCCGUUCCGCAAGGUGGCAAGCGAGAUGAGCUUCUUGCCAAGGUAAGGCUGAACCGACACAAGGCCGCCACAGGCUGGAACGCUUGGACUUUUGACACCUGGACGACGGAGAAUCUAAAGAAAUACCUUUCAUCGCUGAAUGUCAAGGCAUCGCACCGCGCCAGCGCUACCCGUGACGAGCUCUUGAAACAAGCACAGGAGGCCUACGCCAAAGCGUCCAAAACCGGAGGCGCAACCUUGGCGUCGGCCACCGCGCACAUGGCCAAGAUCACCGAUGCCGCCAAAGACUCAACUUUUGAUACCUGGUCUCACUCCGAACUCAAGGCUUAUCUCGACUCCUACGGUAUCCCCACCUACCAGGGCUCCAGUGUGAACGAGCUGCGUGCCGCCGCGAGACGUAACGCUCAGUACUUCCGAUACGGCACCUCGACCCCCCAGGGAACCAUCUACGCUAGGCUAAAAGAUAAUUUGCAUUGGGCUCUGGAUCAGCUGAAGAUUGGCGCCUCAAGCGGUCGAGCCCAGGGUCAGGAAGCAGCCGAGAAGGUGAAAGAGAAGGCUGCAGAGGCGUCGGAGCAGAUUCGUUCUGAAUUAUAGUCUGGGAAGUGUGCUUGAUGGCUUCCUAGGAUGGGAUGGUUUCUUUUCUAUACUUGACAUGGCUUUUGGAACGCACUCAAAAUGACGUCAUGAAUGUACUUUGUCAAAUCUACCAAAAACCAUAGUGUACGCCCCGUUGCAAAACCUGGGUUAAUUAUCGUUUUUGUUCUCCUUUUUAAGUUUUCUGCUGCUGUUCGAACGAAAGUACCGAAGAAUCUAAUAUCUCGAUAAAUUCCAUCUGUAAUGUCUUUGUCUCACUGAUAGAUAAUGGAAAAAGCCUGGUAUGCUCCAACCGAUGCAAUGAUCUCCGAGGACUUUUCCUGAGGCGAAGCC